AUGGACACUCGAACAACAAAGACUCUCCGAAUGGGACUGCAAAACGCCGUCACACAUCGCAACCCUGAGAGUCUAAACGGUCGGCUGAUUCAAAUGCUGCUCCUUCUGGACGACUUUUUCCCCUCCCGAGGCCUUGCGGAGAGCCAGUCUCUGUGGCCGCUCGACGUCCUGGAAGAAGAGCACGCCAAGGUGGAGAAGCUUGUCAGUGUACGAGAACGCAGCACCGCUGGCCCCUUAUACGAACUCAUCGAGCUCGAACGACGAAUGUUUGACUAUCACCGUCGCGAGGUCGACCUCCUAACGUCGAGACUGAGCCGGUACGACCGCAUGGGGCCGCAAUCAAUGGUCGCCGUCGGACUCGUUCCCCAACCCAGGAACCACUAA